GCAUGGUGUCACUACUCCUUCAUUAUUCCAAUUGAAGAUGGCUGCAAUUGUGUGCCAUGGGCAAUCAUCCCUUGACUCUCAUCACCACCUAAUACACACCCACAGGCUUAGGAAGCCUCCACUCACUCCUUCUCAUCAUUUAUCUUACUUGGAACAAACCCCAAACCAUCACAAAACUACACCACAAAACAACACUAGUGUUAUUAGUUACUCCAAGUCGUGUGAGGGUGGUUGGGGCUUCGUUCCAUCUUCCCUUUCCAGAGAAGAGAAAGAAACAGCGCCAUAUGUCCAUCCUCAGGUGAAGCUUUCGUCUGUUCGAAUGAGCCCCAAGAGUUUGGAGCUCUGCACUGAGAACCUGGGGAAUGAGAGUGGCACGGACAUCAUGGGUGACAGUGGCAUUCACGUCUUUACCUCCUCGGACCAAAGUACUUGUACAUCAUCAACUCAAUGUUUCGGAGGCCAUAAGAAGAAGAUGAAGAAGAAGAAGAUAGCAAAAACAAAGAGCUUCCCACCUCCUUUGACAACCAUGAGGGGUUCGGAGUCUAUACAAGUAAGGCCCCACAGAGAAGGUGGCAGGUUAGUCAUUGAGAUCACCAAGGCCCCAUCCACUUCUUCUUGUUUCCGUGCUCAGAGAAGCCAUGGCCGCCUUCGGCUAUCCCUUUUGGAUCACCAAGAAGAAGAAGAGGAAGAAGAAGUAUUUGAAGGAGAAGUUGAAGAUGAAGAAGAAACAGAGGAGAUAGAGGAGGAGGAGGAAGAGGAAGGAGAGAAGAGGUGUGAAGUGAGAAUUGAGAGGGAAAAGAAGAGAAGAAGCAGUUGCAAGGAAGAAGGUGACCAUGAAAACAUAAUAAGAAACUGGGAGUGGGGGGAAUCUAUUUGGGUCGCAACUUCCUAGAAUCGUAGCGUAGCUACUAAUAAUUAAAAACAUUUUACAUUUUUAUAUCUUAGCAUUUGUCCUUUUCCUAUUUCUUCCCAUUUUUAAAUGAAUUCUAAUGUGCUUCCAUGAAA